AUGGCCAAGACAUCACAACCCACUAACUGUGAACAAGAAGGAAACGAUAUAUUCCCAAAUGAGCACACACAACCACCCCAAGAGUCGUCUCCUUUGUUGCAGCAACAGCAACAAGAACUGCAACCGCAACCCCAACCCCACGUGAGAGAAUUGGACACCAAUGUUGACCAAAAUAGUAUCAACACAACAAGCACCACUACGAGCCAAUGCAGUUCCCGAUCUAAUGAGCUAACUCCACUACUAAGUGCAACUGAAAUACCUCAACACUCAUUUCUACGAAAAAUCUUUGAUCCUAAUUGGCUCCAUGUUGCAUUCGUUGCUGUCAUCAUCUUGAUUGGGUUAACUGUAAUUACGUUCAACAAUAUACAAGCAGUGGUUAAUCAAGCCAUUGAUUUACAAGUGUACAAUGCUACAUUUGCUAAUUUCACAAGCAAGGGAGUCAAUGUACAUGUACAAGGUUCAGUAGAAAUGAAGUAUCAUUUGAUGCACACCAAUUUUAUUCAAAUUGCCAUGAUUAAGCUUGGUGCUUUUGUGCUAGGAUCAUUGAAACUUUCACUGUUGAAGCCGGUUCAAUUGCAUACACAAUUGAUUGACGUGAAAAGUCCAUUUCUUUAUUUGGCUGAUACAAAUCCACCACCAAUUACAGUAUAUGUUGGUAAUAGAGCCAAGACUGAGUUGAACUUUUUAACGGAGUGUACAUUUGGUAACACAGAUUUUUUGGAUUUUCUCAAAUACUACUAUCAAUUAAGUGGUGAUGAUAUAAAUUUGAGGGUCAAGAUACUUGCUAAAGAGGUUAACGUACAGACCUUGAGAUUGAUCAACUUGAAAUUGCACAAUGUUGAAGUGAGCGAUUAUUUGACAAUAAACAAGGCUGAUUUAAAAAAAGGAUUAAAAAUUAACAACUUUGGUGUUACUUCGCCUGGUGCGAAUAUCAUAAACUUAUCAGCGCAAAUGGAGGUACAAAAUCAAUGGGGGGUGUUCUCUUUGGAUAUUCCGCCUUUACAAUGGGACUUGCUGUUCAGAGAUUGUAACUCGGACUUGGCCAAAGUGGGAACGUGGCGGACUUUACCAAUCAGUAUUGAAAGAGGUGACGAUGCAAUUAUGGUGAAUGUUGAAGGGGUUGUUGAAGAUGUCCCACAACAACUAAUGGAUGAAUGCAAGGGUCUGAUAAGUCCCAUCAAUGCAUUGAUUGAGCGAUAUCUAAAGGAAGAGCCAAUCACGUUUCACCUACAUUUGAGUGAAGAUCAAAGAGUGGGUGAUGUAUGGCAUGAUUUGCGCUGGAUACUCGAUAUAUUGAAACGUAUGCCUCCGGCAGAAUUGGCUAUUACGUUGCCGAGACCGCAUCUCGUGUCCGAGAAUAUCAGUAUUGGUUUCUGUGACUUGAGCAUGAAUUACACUGAUCCCGGGCCAACGGUUAUUGCAAAACAGGACAAUCAUACAGUUGCAGGAAACGUGAAAAGUCAUUGCUCUAUAGAAGCUAUCAAUCCAGCACCUUUCCAAGUUGAUGUUGAUAAAUUGAGAUUCAAUGUCAGCGUGGGGUCGAGUGAUGAAACCUUGAUACAAGCAUGGUCACGAGAUUUUGUGUAUUUUCAAACAACGCAGAUGAAGCAUCAUGUUCACGCUGAUGUAAAUAUUUCUAACUUGGGUGUCGAGGUGCACAAUCCAGUGUAUGUUGGUAAAGUUGUCAACUCUAUAAUAGCCAAAAAGCAAUGUGUGACUAUGAAUGAUGUUUAUGUGAAUAUUAGUUUGGCAGAUAUGGAUGUAGCCUUGCCCAUAGUUGGAAAUACAACAUUGCAACAAUUGGAGAUUCCAUUUGUCAAAUUUCCAGAAGCAUUUGCUAUAUUGCAAAGUGUGAGUGGUGUUCAAUUUGAUUCCAUUGUGCCUCAACUAGAUGUCGCGGUUGAGGAAGUUUAUUUUUUGCGAUCUAAUGAGCAAGAAGUUGAAUUUCAAGUUUUGACAUCACUUUACAAUCCAUUUAAUAUAUCAUUGGAAAUCCCCAAGCUACAUGACCAGGAGAUUUUGGUUGCUUUUGGUCAAAACAAAACUAACUUUGGUCAUGCUAGCUUGAGACAAGUUUCUCUAACCAAGCUUGAACGAUCAAAAUUGGAAAUGAAUGUCAAGUUCAACUAUGAGACAUAUUCUGACAAGUUAUUUUUGCAAGAUUUCAUCAGUGUUUAUGUAUCGUCAUUCACUAAAAACUUGACAAUCGACUUGACAAACAAUUCAGUGUUGGCGAAUCCAGGAUUAAAUGCAUUUAUGAAUCAAAUCAAGAUCAAAGAUGUUACUAUGCCCAAUGUAACUUUUCUCAUUCCUGAAUACAACAACAGAGACAUUAUUGUAAACAAACAGCUAGCAAGACAGGAUGCUGGAGCAUUCAUCAUUGAAACAACCAUCCAUGUAUUUACAUCAGAGCUUGAAUUGAAAAUCUACAAUCCCAUCUCCAAUGCCGAAGUAAGAUUGGAAAUUUUCCAAGCAUUUGCUAAACAUGAGGAUAUAGUAUUGGGUUACGUGAGUCGACGUGAAGUUAUCGAUUUACAACCUGGGUUUUAUGUCACUCCUCGAAUCCCCAUAAAGAUUGAAAAUGGUGCUGCAUCAGAUAUUUUAAAACGCGCUUUGAAUGGAGAUCUCGGCAUUGAUGUCAUGGCUGAUGUUAAUGUUGGGUUUGGAUUAUUUGAGUUGCGAUUGAUUUACAAGGGGAAGCAGUUAGUGUCAAAGAUUAGAUUAUAA